GGUUCCAGUUCAUAGGAAUCACGAUUCACGCUGCGCAGAAAGGCAUAUCGGUGGCGGAUAAGGUUGGAGCUGGAACAAACUGCGACUCACUGCUGCCCACCAUGAUCCUCCCAGCAAUGCUCCCUUACUUCUCUCCACACUCCUAUUAAAAGAGUCACUCCAGCGAUACACCUACGCUUGUACCAUUAGCAAGUUUGCUGUCGAGUUAGCUUCGUAGUCAAGAUGUCUGAUAUGGAAGAUGACUUUAUGUGCGACGAUGAAGAGGAUUAUGAUCUGGUAAACUCCUCCGAAGAAUACUCAGAGGACAGCAACUCUGAGCCCAAUGUUGAUUUAGAGAAUCAAUAUUACAAUUCAAAGGCCCUGAAGGAGGAUGACCCCAAAGCAGCUCUCAUCAGCUUCCAGAAGGUAUUGGAGCUCGAGGGCGAGAAAGGAGAAUGGGGGUUCAAAGCUCUCAAACAGAUGAUAAAGAUGAAUUUCAAACUGACAAAUUUCCCUGAAAUGAUGAACAGGUACAAGCAGCUGUUAACAUACAUUCGGAGUGCAGUUACACGAAACUACUCGGAGAAAUCCAUCAACUCCAUCCUGGAUUACAUCUCUACGUCUAAGCAGAUGGACUUGCUGCAAGAGUUUUAUGAAACCACAUUGGAGGCAUUAAAGGAUGCCAAAAAUGACAGGCUUUGGUUUAAAACCAACACUAAGCUUGGGAAGUUGUACCUGGAGAGAGAAGAGUAUGGUAAGCUUCAGAAGAUCCUGAGGCAGUUGCACCAGUCCUGUCAGGUGAAGAAACACUCCUCAUCAAUGCAAUCAGAGGUUUUCACAGAGACGGAUGACGGUGAGGACGACCUGAAGAAAGGCACCCAGCUCUUGGAGAUCUAUGCUCUGGAGAUCCAGAUGUAUACGGCCCAGAAGAACAACAAGAAGCUGAAGGCCCUUUAUGAGCAGUCUCUACACAUCAAGUCUGCCAUCCCUCACCCUGUCAUCAUGGGAGUCAUCAGAGGUAGACGCGUCUCUACCUACUCCUUAACUAUAUAACCACUAUAUAACCACGUCUCUACCUACACCUU